UUGUGGCGGAAGUAGGUGCCUUCUGGAAGUACUGCAGGGAGAAGCGUGGCUGUCAACGAUGAUCCAGGCGAUUCUGGUUUUCAACAACCACGGGAAGCCGCGGCUGGUCCGCUUCUACCAGCGUUUCCCAGAAGAAAUUCAGCAGCAGAUUGUGCGGGAGACUUUCCAUCUCGUCCUCAAGCGGGACGACAACAUCUGUAACUUCUUGGAAGGCGGAAGCUUGAUUGGCGGUUCUGACUAUAAGCUGAUUUACCGGCACUACGCCACCCUCUACUUCGUGUUCUGUGUGGACUCAUCAGAGAGCGAACUUGGGAUCUUGGACCUCAUCCAGGUUUUUGUGGAGACUCUGGAUAAGUGUUUUGAAAAUGUGUGUGAAUUGGACUUGAUCUUCCAUAUGGACAAGGUGCACUAUAUCCUCCAGGAGGUGGUGAUGGGUGGGAUGGUGCUGGAGACAAACAUGAAUGAAAUCGUGGCUCAGAUCGAAGCUCAGAACAGGCUGGAGAAAUCGGAGGGUGGCCUGUCCGCAGCCCCUGCCCGGGCUGUGUCUGCCGUGAAGAACAUCAACCUGCCUGAGAUUCCCCGGAACAUCAACAUCGGCGACCUCAACAUCAAAGUCCCCAACCUGUCUCAGUUCGUGUGAGCAGGGGCAGCUGCGCAGGGUCCAUCAGGCCGGCAGAGCCGGUCAGUCUGGAGUCAGGGCUGCGUGCGUCUCAGGGGAGCGGUGGAGCGGCCACCCGCCUCCCACAACAUGGCUGCCCUCCCUUCACCCCAUGGCCACUGUGGCUGCCCUCACUAUCAUCACCACCACCCAGCCAGGGGCUGCCGGCUUCUCAGAGAACCUUCCUCAGCUCCCAGCUUCAGCGGGCUGUAGACACAGCGGGGAAGGGCAGUGGUGUCCUGUGCCCGAGGUGGCACAGGCAGCCCCCCUUGUGUGCCUGGAGGAGCCAGGCGCAGGUGAGUGGACGUGGCCCUUCAAUCAAGGAUGGUCUGUUUGGUAGUCAUUUCCCACCUUCAUGUCCCCUCACACCUGUGAUGGUAAAAUGAGAAUAAAAGACACAUUGCUGUA